CUCCAGUCUAAGUGGUCUGGCACAUUGGGUGUGUACGGAGUACUUUCGCAAUUGUAGAUUGCUGAGACACUCACUGCUUACAUUCACUCCCACACUGGACGGCUUUGUUAUGGUAUACAAUCACUGUGUGGUAGUAUGGUGAUAAAUAUGCUCAUCACAAAGAAACUUACACCGGUGGUCAAUUGAAACGUCUAGUCAUUAUUUCCCUUUCAUCUUUUCAACGUUCUUUAACCUCCACCGAAUAUUUAUUUGUACUGACUUGAUCCCAUGAAGUCUUCUUGGAUCUUGUUCUUUGGCACCACCGUCUCUUCUUGUAUUCCUUGAUUACAAUAAGAUUCCUCAAACAUCUCAGCCUUACCACCACACGUCUCCUGUGGCGUUGCUCUACUAUGGCUUUUCUACCGCGUUGCAGUGAGGUUCCCAUGUCUCAACAGCCGGACUCCCAGUAUGUUCGGACUCACGAAUAUACGCCCGGAUCAGCGCCGGUCCCACAGCCGUCCUUCUCAAUAGAAAUCUAUGAACAGACCGUGGCCCAGAUGGAACCCAUCAGCCCCGCGACCCAUUACUAUCAAGAGGGGGAGUUUGUUCCGCCGGGCUUUUUCGACAAUGUCAGCCGGGAGAUCUUCGUCCUACCGAGGAUCUCCAACGACUGGCAGUACAACAUGCGUCGCGAAUGCCAGGCAAUCCUCCCCUACCUCUAUCUGGGACCCUGGGGAUGUCUCAGGGACGGAAAGAAGCUCCAAGCCGAAGGCAUCACCUUGCUACUGGGCAUCCGCGACAAGCGCCUAGCCAAUGCGGGACUAUACUCAGGCGACAAGGCUGCGGCCGACCUGGGCAUCGAGGCUGACACCGUCGACAUAUUAGACGGCCAAGAGCUGAUAUCCGAUCUGCCUCGCAUCAUCCGCUGCAUCAACCAGCACAUCUCCACUCCCAGUGUGGCCCGGUUCGGCCCCGUGCCGGACAAAAAGGUCCUCCUCUUCUGCGAAACGGGCAACGGACUCUCCGCUUUCGUGGCCAUCGCGUACCUGAUGGCCAUGUUCAACUUGGACCUGGCCCACGCUCUGCAGGCCGUUCACAUCCAGCGCUUCUGCAUCGAUACUGACGAGGCUAUGAGGCCCCUGCUGGUGUCCUUUGAGUCCAUCCUGGCUGCGAAACGUGAUGUCGGCAAGGCGACGCGCUCUGGCUUUGCCGCCCCCAGUUUGGCACCUCCCUCGACGGUGGCUAAGAAGAGGAGCUUUGCGGAUCGGGAGGACGUCGACGCAGUGGAGGAUGGGGGCAUGGAUAUCGAUUUGGAGGAGGAUUGGGUCCCUGAUAGACGGCCCAUGGCGCCAUUUCAGGAUCGAGCGGAAUGAUCGUGGAUGGAGGAUGGAGAUUUAUGGGUUCAACCUAGUUCUUUUUUUUACUUGCGUGUGGC